AUGUACCGCACCUUUUUUCUUGGCACCCGGAAGCGUGCACAGAAUCGCAUGGAUCUGGACAGCGACCCGAAGAGUUCUUUGCUUCAGGGCCAGUCUACAACAGAGCUUGUGAUUGAAAACACGGGCGCAGACGUGAUUACGGAUCUGCGCCAGACGGCGAGCAUGCUGGUCGCUGCGCAACAGGCACACAUUGCGGCAAGCCAGGUCGCGAAAGCACAGGACGAAUGUGUGGAAAAUAGCGGGGUGGAUGGACUGACGCACCCAGAUGGACACGCGCCCAAGGAUCUCUUGCACCAGGCCGCGGGUCUUGUCAAGGAGCCCAAAGUCGCUGCACUCGCGCUGCGCUGCGAGGUGGUUGCCAGCUUCUUGUUCCGCCUUAUCACGUACGUCUUUUUACGCAUAAUUCCGGGACGGUUUGGUAUCUACGCGGUACAUUUCUUCACACUGUAUCUCGCCGCAUGGUGUACGUACGAGCUCUACCUUGGACUCCACCGGCAGCGCACGGAGAAUACGCCGCGCGUACACGUCUCGCCGACAAAGAUUUUCACAUCGCUCCUCCUCGGCCGCUCUACGAGAUCUACGCGCGUGAAUCAGCUUUUGCUGGGCCUCCAGACCAUCGUUUUUCUCUGGUUUCUGGAUGCGUACUACGCACCGUACAUGUUUCCUUCGUACCGCGAAGACUCUUUGCGCUUUGCACGCAUCGGGGCACUUACGCCUUCAUCGGCUACACUGCAUGUGCGCUACCCAACACCUCUGCCUGGGCUCGAUGGUUUCUGGGAGACGGAAUUGGACGGCGCGCUGCAGGAUGCGAGCAACUUUCAGGGGACGCCCGUGCGCGUUGUGUGGCGGCAAGCACCGGAUAUGGCUGAGGGUGGGGAGAAGACAGCUCCGCGUGUAAGCAGCAUGUUCCGCGAUACACGACGCUGGGAGCGCGGCCCUCUUCUGCGCUUGAACGAGACUGCGGAUUGGACAGCCACUGCAGUGCUCAAGGAUCUAUGGCCCGCUACCCGGUACGAAUGGCGGUUAGCGUUCGUACACAACAAUACGUUUGCGCCGCUGCCGGAGCGGCCUGUGCAGUUUGUAACGUGGCCAGAUCCACGGCUCUCUGCGUACCUCAAGACAAAGUCGAGCAAGGAUGCAAAUCACGCGCCACUCGACGACCCAAACCACUUUACGUUUGCCACCUUCUCUUGUGUCAAACCCGAUUUUCCCUACCAUCCCGCACAGUUCUGGGGGUGGAACUGGCUCUUGAAGCUCGUGGGGAUUGGCGGCGGAGAAGGGGGGAUUGCACAGCGCAAUCGUGUGCAUGGUUUCGAUCUGUUGGCAGAUCGACUUGCCAAGGUGCCCGCUGGCGGAUUCCGAUUUUUGCUUGAGCUUGGCGAUUUGAUUUACGCAGAUGUGCCCCGCUACGAGGGACCGUUUAUCGAGACGUACCGCAAGUUGUACCGCAACCUGUUUGCCUCGGCAUCGUUCCGCAGAGUCUACUCCAAGAUCCCUAUUAUUGGCAUAUACGAUGACCACGAGAUUAUUAACAACUGGUCGGGGGGGGGAUACGGAGAUGAAUCAGAGCCGGUCGAUUCGAAGCAGGCGCGCGAAUACGAAGCGCAGCCUUCGCCGCCGCAGGGCCUCGAAAGUGGCUUGCAAGCUUGGGAAGAGUAUGUUGGGAACGCGAAUCCCUCGCCGAACGUUGCCGGGGACCACUUUUUCAACUUCCAGUAUGGCGACACUGCAUUCUUUGUCAUGGACACGCGUAAACAUCGGGUCCAUCCAAGCUACAAAGGACCUAUCCGGUCCACACUUGGGCUUCGGCAGCGUACUGCGCUACUUUCGUGGCUUGCACAGGUGAAUGGCACCGCGACAUUCAAGUUUCUUAUCUCUUCUGUACCAUUUACCUCUUUGUGGGGCGGCCCGCUCGACUUUGACGGCCGCAAGGACGGUUGGUCUGCUUAUCCCGAGGAGCGCAAACUGAUCAUGGACGUGAUUCAAUAUGUACCGAACGUGAUCAUCCUCUCGGGUGACCGGCACGAAUUUGCAUCGGUCAGCUUUCGCAAUGCGUCUGUGGAAUUCAGCACGAGUCCAUUGUCCAUGUUUUACAUUCCCGUUCGCACACUCGCACAGUCGCACUCGAUGGACCCUCCGGGCGACGAACAACUACUCAAGUACCUCCCUGAUGGGAACCAUAAAUGGACAGAGCUCGAAGUGGAUACACGCUAUCCAGAAGAGCCUGUCGUACGUGUCGGCGUAUUUGUCGACGGAAAGGAGGCGUGGCAUCUAGACGUGCAUGGACGGCCCGUACGGCGAGCACAGGGCGCGUUGGGAUCCAUCGCGAAGAGUCUCAUGGAACUUCUUGGGUUCCGCGAUGUGCGCUGGUUCGAUUGA